UAUUUGUUAUGGGAUGAGAGUCAUGGCGUCCUGACGCUGCGAGUGAUACAGCAAACAUACAUACACGACAUGUAAACAAGCGUCACAAUGCUCCUAACCAUCUGUAAAUCAUGCCAGUACUGCCUGGAGACGAUGUACUGGAAAUGCUGCGAGGAAAAGUUCUGCUUUGACAAGAAAAUCGCCGCUUACAAACUAGAAAAUGAUCAUCCAAAUGGAUACUCGAACGGCUACGCAAACAUGGGCGUGAGCCUGGACAGUGUAGUCACAGAACAGCCCAUAAACAACAACCACCUGCAACAGAGAGACAUCAUCGAACGGCAGCUCAACGAGCUGCCUAUACAUGCUGACAAACUGUAUGAGGUAUUCUCCAAAUCCAUGAUAUUUAGAGACGACCAUGAAUUAAAAUCCAAAGGCAGCAACGACUCUCUCGACGAACUUGAAACUAAAUCAGAACCAGACUACUUAGACAGACCAAAUAGAACCAAAGUAUAUUUCGAAGACGAAGUGGAUUCGCCGGUCACUGACUUUGAAAUUAUGUUCAAAGAUGAACUUCUAGCAGGUCACGACAUGUUCAAAAUUGAGGAAGAAGAAGAAAGUGAUAGUAAAGGCCAAGAUAUUGAAGAGGGCCUAGUUAUGAACGUAGAAGUUAAGAAACAAAAUGUAAUAAAACCUACUACAGUGACAGUCAAAGAUGAAUCCAAGAUAACAACUCAGAGUUCCAUUUAUAAGUACGAUCCCGUGUCAGUUGUGGCUUUACCAUCUUAUCUUUCUUUACCAAGAGUUGAAAGCGUUAAGGGAAUCCUAAGAUUAAAAGGCGAAAGUAUGCCUAGAAGUUACAGUGCCAGGGCUUUGGAAAGAGUAGACAGUGGCAGUAAAUUAGCAAAACCAACUCUUAACAGAGUAGAGAGCUUGAAAAACAUAGACCCUAUGAAAAUUAACAAAGUAUUAUUACGAGUGCCACACAGAAGUGCUUCUUUCUUAAAUAUACCAGAACAUUUAAUACCAGAAAAGCCUCCGUUGACGAAGAGUAAGUCUACAAUAGGUGUGACGUCUUUAGAGCAAGAAGUUAAACUAGGAAGGUUGCCGGAUACACCAAUAAUAAAGAGUAACAAGCUGCCGAGAUUCUUCGCCGAUAGUCCUUCACUCCCAGAAUAUAAGGGGGAUACUAGCUUGCAAAGCAUUAAACAGAAAUCUGCACUGAUGCUGCAAGAAGAUUAUAGUAUGCCAAGGUACUAUGGUGCUGCAACACCAAUGGAAACAGUGCCAGUCCAUGAAAGCAAGUCUAUGCCUGAUUUGAGGAACCCCACUUCGACUGGUAAAGUUAGCAAAAGGUUAGUGAAAUUAAGGAGCAGGUUGAAGCCUCUAGUUAUCAGAAAGAAUUCGGAUGAGAAGUUAUAGACGUCAUAAAUAAUUUAAGAAGCGCAUCAUACUUCGCUUUUUAAUUUAUUCUUGGAAGUUGAUACUAAAUUUGCAAUGUUAUGAAUUGAAUAACUAUUGAAACGAACACAUAUUCUUUACUGUUGAUAUAGUUGAUGUUCAAUUAGGGGACCAGUCCGCCGGACUAUAUCGGCCUGUCAGUUGUUCGGAACUGUCAAAUUUUUGUCCUAACUGACAGGCUGAUAUCGUCCGGCGGACUGAUAAUCAGUGGGCCCCUUUAGAAGAACAAAAAUAAGGAUCAAUUUUAUUAGUCUAGACAAUAAUAUACUGUAACCGAAUUGUGAUGAAUGAGAAUGAUUGUGAUUUCUAUAGUAGGAUAGUAUUAAUUUAGUUUAUGAUGAUUAUUAGUUUAUUUGGCACUGGUGGCCAUUAUCAAUAAUUUGUUCAAUUUUGUUAUUUCUUUAUGUAUUGAAAACACAUUUUACAAUUGUUUGCUAAACAAAAUAUGGAACUGUGUAAAAUUUUAAAUAGUACCUAUCUAUAGUUUCUAUAACCCUUUUAAGAUACCUCUAUUUUGUAAGACGCGUCCAAAAACUAGAAUUGUCACAAAUAAUUUUCAUAUUUUGUAGCAAAAUAUUGAAAAGAACGUUAGUAUUAUUAGGAUUAGCUUGAUCAGUAUUUAUUGCUCAAAACUCAAGUACCGUGAUGAAUGUAACUGAAAUACUUAAUUUGGUAAUAACAUCGAAUAAUUUUCUUAUAGGUGCUCCAUUUUAUUGAAGUAUGAUUUAUAUACUUUAAUACUUGGCGCCGAGAUAAUUCAAACAGCGUACCUAUUAACUUAUUUUAUGAAAUUAAUAAUUAAAAUAUCAAAACAAUAAAAGAAUUUUGCAGUUUUUUUUUAGUUAUUACUUUUUUUUGAAGUCUUCUUAAAUAAAUAACUGUACGUAAUGUUCAUACUCCAUAAAACUUAAUCGACAUUUUAAUUUAUAGUACAGUCGCCA